CUUGCAAACAGAAACAUUUCAUGGGUGUAGGUGGCUUCCGCGAUGAACAUCGUGACGUUGGAAUCGAAGAUAUCUGAAUUGAAAUAUGUGGCUGAAACCGGAGGAAGUGCUCUUGAAGAAUGCAUUGAAGUUAUGGGUGACGGAAACAUCAAAUGAUUAUUUCGUUUUGCAAAGGAGGCGAGGGUAUGGAGAGGGAGGAGGUGGCUUGACAGGCCUCCUGGUGGGGACGCUGGACACUGUGCUGGACUCCACCGCCAAAGUGGCCCCCUUCCGCAUCCUGCACCAGACGCCAGACUCCCAGGUCUACUGGUCAAUAGCAUGCGGUGCCACAAAGGAGGAGAUCAGCCAGCACUGGGAUUGGCUGCAGCAGAACAUAAUGAGAACUCUGUCUGUCUUCGACUCCAGCGAGGACAUCACAAGCUUUGUCCAGGGCAAGAUCCGAGGCCUGAUUGCCGAGGAGGGGAAGGUCUCUCUGGUGCUGGAGGACGACCCGGAGAAGUUCCGCGAGGCGCUGCUGAGGUUCGAGAAGUGGUUCGGCCUCCCCGAGAAAGAGAAGUUGGUGACCUACUACUCUUGCAGCUACUGGAGAGGCCGCGUGCCCUGCCAGGGCUGGCUCUACCUGAGCACCAACUUCCUCAGCUUCUACUCCUACCUGCUGGGGGCUGAAGUGAAAUUCAUCAUUUCGUGGGACGAGAUCUGGAAGCUAGAGAAGACGUCCAGCGUGAUCCUGGCUGAGAGCAUCCAUGUGGCAGCCCGCGGCGAGGACCACUACUUCUCCAUGUUCCUGCACCUCCACGAGACCUUCCUGCUCAUGGAGCAGCUGGCGGACUAUGCCAUUAAGAGGCUGUUUGACAAGGAGACCUUCCAGGGAGACCCAGCCCUCAGCGAUCCACUGCAGAUCACAAAGAGGGGCCUUGAGACGCGGGCGCGUAACGAGCAGUUCAGAGCCUUCUUCCGGCUUCCACGGGAGGAGAACCUCCUGGAGGUGUACGAGAGCUUCCUGUGGGUGCCCUUCAGCCACUUCAACACGCUGGGCAAGAUCUGCGUCUCCGAGAACUACCUGUGCUUCGCCAGCCAGGACGGGAGCCAGUGCUACGUCAUCAUCCCCAUUCGAGAGGUGGUCGGCGUGGAGAAGCCGGACAGCAGCAGCAGAGCGGUAACGGUGUGUGUCCGAGGGAAGAGGGCGCUGCGCUUCUCGGAGGUCCGGGAUUACGAGCGUCUGGCCAGUGGGAUCCGCAGGAGGUGCGGGGUGAUGGCCAGCCCCCAGCACGUAGCGUCAGGAGAGGUCUCCGGAGAGGUGUGCCACGCGCUCAUCGAGCACUUCGAGGACAACCCAGAGGAAGUGACCCUGAUGGUGGGACAAAAAAGCACCAGCAAGGCCGUCAGCACGGAGGCACUCAUGACAGUCUUCCACCCCCAGGACGCAGAAAACCUCGACCCUAAAAUGCUGAAGGAGAAGAUGAAGGAGCAGUCGUGGAACAUCCACUUUGCCGAGUACGGCCGUGGCAUGAGCAUGUUCCGCACCAAGAAGACGCGAGACCUGAUCGUGCGCGGAGUCCCAGAGGCCUUAAGAGGGGAGCUGUGGCUGCUAUUCUCAGGUGCAGUGAAUGACAUGGCCACACACCCGGGCUACUACUCAGAGCUGGUGGAGAAGUCCCUGGGCACGAGCACCCUGGCCACUGAUGAGAUCGAGAGGGACCUGCAUCGCUCCCUGCCAGAGCACCCCGCCUUCCAGAGCGACACGGGCAUCUCCGCCCUGCGCCGGGUCCUCACCGCCUACGCCUACAGAAACCCCAAGAUAGGCUACUGCCAGGCCAUGAACAUCCUUACCUCCGUCCUCCUGCUGUAUGCCAAUGAGGAGGAGGCCUUCUGGCUGCUGGUGGCGGUGUGUGAGAGGAUGCUGCCCGAUUACUUCAACCGCCGGAUCAUUGGUGCCCUGGUGGACCAGGCGGUGUUUGAGGAGCUGAUCCGAGAUCAGCUGUCCCAGCUGACGGAGCACAUGACAGACAUGACUUUCUUCUCGUCGGUGUCUCUCUCUUGGUUCCUGACCCUGUUCAUCAGUGUUCUGCCCAUCGAGAGUGCUGUCAACGUGGUCGACUGCUUCUUCUAUGAUGGGAUCAAGGCCAUCCUGCAGCUUGGCCUGGCCGUACUCGACUACAACAUGGAGCACUUGCUCAGUUGCCGUGACGACGCAGAGGCAGUCACCAUCCUCAACAAGUUUUUUGACAGCGUCACCAACAAAGACAGCCCCCUCCCCCCCACGGUGCAGCAGGCCUCCAUGGGGAACAACGACAAGACGUCACACCCAAAGGUGGACAUCAUCGACCUCAUACGGGAAGCCUAUGAGAAAUACGGGGACAUUCGGUCAGAGGAAGUGGAGAGCAUGCGAAGAAGAAACAAGCUGUAUGUGAUCCAGACUCUAGAAGAUACGACCAAACAGAAUGUUUUAAGAGUUGUCUCUCAGGAAAUGAAAUUCAGUGCUGCCCAUCUGGAUGACCUGUAUGCGCUAUUCAAGAGGCAGCAUUUCCUCAGCUGCUAUUGGAUGAUCAACAGCCCAGUGCUCCUGCACCAUGACCCUAGCUUGCCAUACCUGGAGCAGUACCAGCUGGGCCACCAGCAAUUCCGCACCCUCUUCUCCCUCCUGGCCCCCUGGGCCCACUGUGUCAGCCAUGAUGCCCUCUCCCUCUGGGCCUUCCGCCUGCUGGAUGAAAACCAGGACGGCUUGGUCAACUUCAAGGAGUUCUGCUGUGGUCUGGAUAUUUUAUUCAGUGGGUCUUUUACAGAGAAGCUGAAGUUCCUCUUUAAGCUCCACCUACCACCAGCUUUCACAGAGGUAGAGACAGGGAGCCCUGUCCUUUCAAAGGGUCACAGACUGUCCCACUUUAGCCCACUGAGCGAUGACCUCUCCCACUUCAGUCGACUGGCUGUGUCCUCGCCCGAUGUCCCUGAAGAUGGGGUCAUUCGGAAAAGUCCAGAAAGAGGCCGAGGGAAGGUGGAUCUGCAGGCAUACCUGAAGCAAUGGCAGGAUGAAUUGCUGAAAAAAGAGGAGAGUAUUAAGGAUCUACCCAGAAUAAACCAGCAUCAGUUCAUCCAGUUUUCAAAAACCCUGUACAACCUGUUCCACGGUGACCCAGAGGAGGAGUCUCUCUACCGAGCUGUGGCGCGCGUCACCAGUCUCCUCCUGAGGAUGGAGGAAGUGGGCCGCAGGCUUCAGGAGCCGAGCAGCCCACCCAGCGCUCCCUUGGAGCAGACUUCUGCAGGCAAGGAGACCCCCACAGCCCCCAGCAACUCCGGUGACAGCCCCAGCCCCCCCGCUGCCCCAGACGCUACGCCUGCCCCGCAGGAGGUGGAGUGGUCUUUCGCCUUUGAGCAGAUCCUGGCAUCCCUCCUCAAUGAGCCAGUUAUCGUCCACUUCUUCGAGAAGCCCGUCGACAUUCAGGCCAAACUAGACCAUGCCAGGAGCGCUCAACUCAAAGCUCGAGCAACCCAGUAGAGGGGGACCUGUCUGACACCCCCUCUUAUUAAAGCCAUAAGGUCUGUCUCCGCUGAGCUUUCACUCUUCUUGUUCUUUGGUAAAGGGAUAGGUGCUGAGCCAGGUCCCAGGCUCAUCACCCAAACACAAGAAUACCCUUUUCUGAGCUUGGCUUUGGGAUAGAGAAAGGAAUUCACACUUAACAGCUGAAGGAAUUGGCUCUUUCCGUUAUUGAGUACAUGAUACACCAGCCAGCCUGAUAAAGCACUUGCCAUUGUCUACCAGAAUGUUUUUUUUUUUUCAGGGGGCGGGUUGUAGCCUUAACUAAUCUUGACAACACCAGCUUUGCAAAUGGAGAUGCCUGAAAUCAGUGGUGACAUGUUUCUUGAAAUUUCCCCCCUUAAAUGUCACUUGGGGAACUUCUAAGGGAAGGGUUGCCUUACGUUAAAGGACAGCAUAGAAGGGUUUUCGUAGGGUUGUCUAACCAAGACAAUUAAAGGAAAUAUUGGAAAUGAAAAUUGAGAUUGAUAUAUAACUGAUUUCUUCAGAUAUAUUAGUCAAAGAGUUAUAUGUGCAUAUUGCUUGAGAAGACUACUGGGCACUUAAUUGAUUGUUCAUGGAAGUGUAAGAAAUGUCUGUCCAUCAUUUCUGACAGCAGCACCCUGCCUCCUAUCCACAGGACAGCUUAUUUUUGGCUCAAAACAUAUUAUAUUGUAAGAUCUGUGUCUGCGCUGUAUUUGAGAACACUUGAAUAGCUACAUGAUUGCAUGUAGUUCAUAAGGUUCCCAUGCAAAGAUCUAUGAUUUUCAUUAGUGCUUUAUGGAACAGAGAGAAUUUUUUUAGACUGUGUGGAUGAUGCCACUUUUCACUCCCAGUAGUUUCUGUGAUGCUUAUUAAAGUACAGAGCAAAGUGCACCAGUGAAAUAUUUUUCUUUUACCGUGUGACUAACCAGAGAGGUCAGGAGAGGGCAGUGCUGCUACAAAGCGGUACAAUAUUUGAUAAUGUCAGAGAUGUACUCUGUAAGGGACAAUACAAUUUUCUUUCAGUGCUUUGCAGAUUUAUCGUGCAUGCAUAUGUAAGGCGCUUUCUGUUUUUCAUACAGUGCGAUUGUUUUUUUUAUUUGUACUUUUUGUAUGAUUUAAUAAAAUUCUAGUGGGAUAUGGAGAUUCCUGUUUAAAGAAAUACAUUGUUUAUUAUUAUGUUCACUUCAUUAUAUUAUAAUUAUGACUUACGUUUUUAUGGUACAGUGCUGAUGUUGACAAGCAUUUUCACAGUUAAGUGUGGGGGUAUAUCUGAGUCUCAUGUAUCAGAGUAGUUAUCGUGGUAUUUAUGUUGUACGUCAGACAAAAUGAAGUAAUCUUUGCUUAAUACAUAAAUACAUGAUAUUCCAGCUAUAAAGACAUUCAGAAUUUUUCUGAGAGAAAUUUGAAAAGCAUGACAUUGUGCAUGUGCAUGCGCACCGAUACAACUAUACAUUUACCAUUCAGGCAUAAUGUGGCAUAACGUGUCCCCAGUACAUUAUUCCAUUGCGGUUUUAAAAUAGGAUAAAUUUUAAAGAAAAACAUCAGGUGUUUAUAUGUGUGACAUGUUUUUGGAUUAAAAAAAACUUUUUUGGCUUUAGUGAAUAUACAGUACAGCAUGUAUUUGGGUAUGAGUGGGAAACAUUCUGAAUGGAGGCUAAGAGUAUUUCGAAUUUAGUCUAUUAGUUUGUCAGAACAUUGAUUUUCAGAAGUUAAUGGCAUUGAUUUGCUUUUGAAAUGGUUUGUUGAAAAGGAGAACAUGACCAAGCCACUGUGUGGAAGAUACAACUUAUUAUGCAGACAGAGGUCAACAGGGGGAAUUCCAUAAACAGUGCAAGCUCCUUGACUUCUAUACAUGUAUGUACUUUAUUUAAUUUAAUCAGCAUAACAAAAGGAAUUAAAGGUCAAGGAAGGUGUAUUAAAUGUU